AUAUUGACACCAUAGUCUUUUGGAAAUCCAAACGUCUAUUGAUAGAAGCACGAAAAGUUCCAAGACUAGAGGUUUGGAACUUUGAAGAAAAUUUUGAGAUUUGGGUAAGAUGUAUGUUAAAGCUAUAAGAUGGCUGGUCAGUCUGGAGGUAACCCUAUCAGGCCAGAGGCCCUGGAGGGGAUAGACACUAAUGCUCUGUUUGGGAACAAUCCAACGGACAUCUUUGGACAAGGUGGAGAAAAUGGCCUGGCAGCAAUGCUUGAGAGGGGUGGAGUUGGAGAGGAAGGACUGGGAAAUCUACAGGGUCUUUUGAAUCAAGGUCGAUCUGGAGGUCAAGGUCAGGGUCAAGGUAACCAGAUGUUUAACCCUUCCAUGGCUGGAGGUUUUGGUGGGAAUUUGCCUGGUAUGAUGGGAGGAGGACAAAACAUAGAUCCUGCCAUGUUACAAGGAUUAGGUUUGGGAGGGGGAGGAUUAGGAGGAGCAGACCCCAACAUACUGAGUAACCUUCAGGGAAUGUCAGAAGAAGACCGUAAAGCUGUACUGGCCGCCAUGCAUGGGGAUGAUUCCCCUUCACAGUCUGAUGGAGGAGGAAUACCAAAUCUUGGAGGUGGUGGGAUUCCAGGACUAGGAGCAGGUGGCAUGGGAUUAGGAGCAGGUGGCAUGGGAUUAGGAGCAGGUGGCAUGGGAUUAGGAGCAGGUGGCAUGGGACUAGGAGCAGGUGGAAUGGGACUGGGAACAGGUGGAAUGGGAUUAGGAGCAGGUGGAAUGGGAUUAGGAGCAGGUGGAAUGGGAUUAGGAGCAGGUGGAAUGGGAUUAGGUGGUACUGGACUGCAAAAUCUGGGAUCAGGAGGACCAGGACAAGGAGGAAGACCUGGAACGUUUGGAGGUCAAAGACUCCCAGGAAAUGUUCGACCAAGAACACGGGUUUAUCCAACAGAAGCUUUUGCACAAGAAGUUCAGCAAGAGGUUGAGAAAGCCAAGGCUUGUAAAGACCCAUAUGUCAAAGGAAUGAACACGAUCAUUGUUGUUGAUACAUCCGAGAGUAUGAAGGGGGACGGCAUUGUACAGGCAAAGGAAGCUAUAGAGAAGCUCAUGUCAGAACUUGAGAGUAUAUCUAUGGACUAUGGUUUGGAAGAAAAUUUGUGCAUCAUCACAUGUGGAAGUGACACUCGAGUAGCACAACAUCUGACCAAUGACUACCAGCUUGUCAGACAAAGUUUAGCUCAGAUCCGGACAGGGGGCAGUACUCCUCUGCAGCUGGCCAUAUCCCUGGGUAUUGGUGCACUCCAGAGAGUACAAGCUGAAACAGUGGGAUCUCACAUUCUACAUCCGAGGGUGAUUGUUAUCUCUGACGGACACGCCACCAAUCCCUCCAACCCUCAGGGUCCUGAUUCUACCACAGAGGAAAUCUCUCAAAAGGAGACGCCAGGUGUUAUAAACAUUAUUCAGAGCAUGAUCACCAACAAAUGUCUUAGGUUUAUUUACAUUCCGGUUGGAACCCCCGACAGUACAUUUUCCACUUUUGUGGAGUCCAUGCCAGGAGCCCACAUUGUAUUGGCAGGUGAUGUCCACAGUUUGGCUCAGUAUCACAUGCAGCAGAGAGUGGUUGGAGAGGCUAAAGAAAAAAGAAAGGAGGGUCAAGUUACCAAGGAGACGGUCAAGUCCAUAGUUCAGUCAAAAUACCCGUCACUGGGGGAGAGAGACAUUGAAGCCAUCAUGGUGCAGAUUAAUGAACCAAACAGUCAGAUAGAGUUCCAGGCAAUGGACCCUCAGUUACAGGCCCUGGCAGAGCUGGGGAUGCCCCAGGGCCUAGGGAGAGGAACCUCAGGUGGCCCACCAACCAAUCCUCUGGGAGGAGGAGGAAUUCCAGGGGUCCAGCAGGGGAUGACGGGGCUCAAUUUAGGGGGAGGGGCUGCAGGUGCUGGUGGGGGUGGGGCAGGUACCCCAAUCACUGAAGAACAGAUGGCGGAUGCCCAGAGGCAGAUUAGAGAGAGACGGGAGGAAAUACAGAGGAUGAGAGAACGGGGAGAGUGGCCCCCAAAGGAUGACAGUAUGCCUUUUCAACUACCGGGUCUCAUGGCCCGUCCCGAUGGACCCGAAGCCCAAGCUGAGGAAUCAGAAGAAAUUACACAGGAGAAAAUUAAUGAGCUCCUGGAGAAAUAUGGGGGUGGGCCUCCAAAGAAAGACAAUUUACCUAUCCCACUGCAUCCAGGGAUUCGAGUCACUACAGGGCCAGACUGGAUGUGGAGGAUGAAUGAAGUGGAGGUGGGCGAAAAAGGAACAGUGGUAGAAUCUAAACCUGAUGAGGAGAACCCGACGGGAGAAUUUGAUGGGUGGAUCCGAGUUAAGUGGGAUAAUGGUGUGGAGGAGGAUUACAGAUAUGGACUCGACUAUGAGUUUGACAUCGAGCCUGAAAUAGGAGGAAUGGAUGCUGUAGAGUGGCCACCAGGAAAACAAAGAAUCAUUGUAGAGGAGGACCCACUAUUAAAUGAUGAUGAAGAUUUCUUGGAAACCAUGAAUAAACUUAUAAACAAGGGAAAACCUGCAGAAACAAAUAAUGCCAGCAGUCCUGCAGGGGCCUCAGGCGUAGACCCAUUCAAUUCAGAGUUACGAAACCCCUCUGCCCAGGGCCCUCCACCUAAGGCAGAAGAUAUCCCCUUCCUAAACCCCGCCCAUGCUAAAGAGUACGAAAGGUUGAUGCAGAACCCCAGGCCUGACCCCACACUCCCGUACCUGUCAGAGAACCAGUUGCCAAAUCAGUUUGAUGGACCCCAGUUCCCCCCUUACAAUCCAGAAACUUUUCCAGGGAAUUUUGAACAAUUCCAGAAUCCACCAAUUCCAGACCAGACUGGUUCUAAUGUGACACCAUCGACCAAUCAGAACACAGCUGGUGCCACCAGUAAAAAACCUUCAGACAAGGAGGUGUGUUAUGUUUGGCAAUACUACACAGACGAGGGGGACUGGAGGUCAUACCCCCCUGACAUUCAGAAAAAGGCCGAGACCGAGUAUCUGAAACGACAGCAGAAGGGCAGUAUUGUCAUUAACAUGGGAAGUGGAUCGGAAAGGAUAAUUUUCAAAAGCAUGGAACAGAGAUGUGUAGAAAAACGGAAAAUCCGACCAGUUCGAAGAAUUGAGGCUGAUGCUGAAAAAUUAAGAGAACUCCAGGAGAUGUGGUCAUCUACCUGAACAGGAAGUGAUGUCAUCCUUUGAUAUUAAUGACUUUAAUUUGAUUUGAUGAUGUUUCAAAAAGUGCCAUUAAGACUAUCACUCUGUUUCACUCAUAUAAUGACUCUGAACAUGUUUAUUUUUU